ACUGAGAGCAUUAGUUGUGAUUCAAAAUUCUCCAAAGAAAGUUGUAAAACAACAGCAGCGGCAGUAACAUUUCAAUACACCUUUUGGUCUUAACAAUCAAAUCAAAAAAACCUCAACAACCAAUACCAGUGCCAAGGAUAUCUAAUUGACACGAAUAACCCAAAACGGAUUACUGCUGUAACACAUUUCGGAUUACUUUUGGAUUACCUGUCAACCAAUCGACCACAACUGUUUGUCGAUUUCUAUUUCACAUAUGUUAAACUUCAAAACGAUUGGUGUCAAUGUUUAGACCCCUAGCAAGGAAGUCACUUAAACUACGUUUAACUAAGGAUCUCGCAAACCAUCCCGGCUCUCGGACAGGCAAUUCGGCUAAUGGUCUAGAACUUAAAGUACUCACCCAUAUCAAGUACGUUCCAUGAAACUGGUUUCAUUCCGACGUUAAAUCAACUGGACUGAACUGUUAACAAUCAACCCACGGCUGAACACUUUGUUUUUUUGAAAAGAAAAAUACCUGAAUUACGAAAAACCCCCCUCUCUUUUUUGAACAAAAAGUUACCAACACAAACAACAACAACAGCAAAAUGGUUUACACUAAUCGCACUGAGAAAUGCAUCUCCUCUCAAGACAAUCCCGGAGUAAAGGCUUCUGCCAAUGCCAACUCCAAAUACCAAAGCUCGUGCGUUCCCAGCUACAGCAGCGGUAGUACCAGCGGCAACAAGUCAACAAACAACGCUUGGUCGAAGAAUGCCUCGGAGGCGGAUAAAUGGAAGUACAAUAAUAUGGUGCGUGAGAAUCGUGAUAAAUUCAACAGCAUGCAUUUUGUUAGUUUUUAAGGAGUUCUCAUUCCAUUCCAUAAAGAAGAAGAAGAAGAAGAAGAAGAAGAAGAAGAAGAAAAAGA